AUGGCAAUUUGCACGAAGUUGCGUUUUAUUUUAUGGCGCGCGGCAAUUUAUUUUUUUCUGUUUUAUUUAUUUUGUUUUUGCUUUCUGUUCUCUAUUAGGUUUUUAUUUCAAACUAAUAGAAAAGUCUAGACUUUGAACUAGAAUAUCAUUGGACUGAAACGUUUAUGUGGUUUUUCUUCAAAUUUUGUAAUUAAUUAUUUUUUUCCUGACCUUUUCAGAGAUUACCAUGGAAUCUGGGCCGCUACUCCCACAAUCGCCAGUGAAAGUAACUCCAAAAGCGACAGAUGGUCAACAGAAACUCAUUCUAGUACCUUUGGAUUACGUCAAGUCAAGAGUGAAAAUCGUGAAGGACGAUUUGUUGGCCGAAGAAGAAGCUUUUGUCGCCAUUUCGAAAGCCGCUGUUGGUUUUUUUCUUCUAAAAUAACUCUUGAACGACUAAAUAGACAUUUUAACAAGUUUUUCUUUCCAGGAAACUUUCCUACGAAACUUGGCUCGUGAAUCUUCAAACCUUGCUGGAAAUGAGCCAAUCUCCUACGACGAUAUCGCCAAUGUCGUCCACAAACUUCCUUUCCACGAGCUCCGAGGUUUUUCAAAUCGAUUUUCAAUCAAAAAAAAAUAAAUUAUUUUCAGAAUUCCUACCUCAAAGAAUGACGUAUGAAGCCGUUCAGAGGCGUUUACAAGCCCUACAAGAAAAUCGAGACGAAAAUGACGAAGACGACGACGACUGA